AUGUCGUUAGAGGAUGUGGUGGCCGGGGUCCCUGGACGCGGCACAGAUGAUGAUGUGGAGGGCGGAGAGCGCGUGCAGCAGGUGUUUGCCGAGUAUCGCAGCUGUGUUACACGCGAGGGCAGUAAGCCACACCCGGGCGACAUUGCCGAGGCCAGCAGUCUCAGCGCCAUCCCGCUGCCGCCGACCGACUACCCUCUGUUUGACGCGCUGCCGCCCGAGCUCAUCACUGGCGGCAAGCUCAGCCAGCUGCAGCUGGAGGGCAUCCUGUACGCGUGUGCGCGCCACCAGGAGCUGCUGCCAUCAGGGGAGCGGGCCGGCUUCUUCAUCGGCGACGGCGCCGGCGUGGGCAAGGGGCGCCAAAUCUCCGGCUGCAUCCUGGACAACUAUGCGCGCGGGCGCAGGCGCGCUGUGUGGCUGAGCACGUCCAGCGACCUGCAUCAGGACGCCACGCGCGACCUGCGGGACCUGGGCUGCCACAUCCCAGUAAUCAACAACUUGCAGACGCUGGACAAGGAGACGCGCGCCCUGGGGCUGGCCAAGGACCUGCAGGAGGGGGUGCUGUUCAUCACCUACUCGACGCUGGUCAGCUGCGGCAAGGGCGGACGCAGCCGGCUCGACCAGGUGAUCGAGUGGCUCAAGGGCGACAGCUUUGACGGCCUCCUGGUGUUCGAUGAGUGCCACAAGGCCAAGAAUUUUGUGCCGGGCAAGGAGGCCCAGAGCACCAAGGUGGCGGCCGCCGUCAUCGAGCUGCAGCGCCGCCUGCCCAGGGCGCGCGUCCUCUACUGCAGCGCCACGGGUGUCAGCGAGGUGGGCAACACAGCCUACAUGACCCGCAUGCACAUGUGGGGCCCUGGCACCGCAUUCUCUGACUUCGAGGCCUUCUUGGACAGCAUGAAGAAGAGGGGUGUGUCGUUCCUGGAGAUGCUGGCGAUGGAGAUGAAGGCGGCCGGCAAGUACGUGGCGCGCGGCCUGUCAUUCAGGGAUGCCGAGUUUCUUGAGCUGGAGGCCCCCCUGACCCCUCGCCAGGCCGCCAUGUAUGACGAAGCAACAGAGCUCUGGAUGGCCCUGCGGCUGGGUCUGGAGCGGGCGCUGGAGCUGACGGGUGCGCCCGCCAGCGCCGGCGCGCCCGCGCAGCUGCGGCGGAACGACGCGUGGAAGCCCUUCUGGGGGGCGCACCAGCGCUUCUUCAAGAGCCUGUGCGUCUCGAUGAAGGUCCCAACAGUGGUCGAGGAGGCCAAGGCGGCGCUGCUGGCGGGGCGCUGCGUCGUCAUCGGCCUGCAGUCCACCGGCGAGGCGGCGGCAGACGCGGCCGGCCUGGAGCCGGGCCCUGUGGCGGGGUUUGUUGCGACGACACGGGAGCUGGUGGCGCGCUUCAUAGAGACCCACUUCCCGGUGCAGCGCGAGGUGACCAGCGAAGGCCUUGCGGCGGGCCUGAAGCCCCAGCCUGUGGCGGAGUGCCUGGCUCUGAAGGAGGAGCUGCUGCAGCAGCUGAACAGCCUGCAGCUGCCGCCCAAUUUCCUGGACCAGCUGAUUGACGAGCUGGGCGGCCCCGACUCGGUGGCGGAAAUGACAGGGCGCAAGGGGCGCGUGGUGCGGGACUGCGCGGGGCGGGCGCGGUAUGAGCUGCGGGCCAAGCCUGACAGCAGCGAGAUGGACUCCCUCAACGUCAAGGAGUGCGCCCAGUUCAUGGCGGGCAAGAAGCUGGUGGCCAUCAUCAGCGACGCAGCGUCGACAGGCAUCAGCCUGCACGCCAGCAGGCAGGCCCAGAACCAACGGCGGCGCGUGCACCUCACAAUCGAGCUGCCGUGGAGCGCGGACAAGUCUAUCCAGCAGCUCGGACGCUCCCACCGCAGCAACCAGGUGACGGCCCCCAUGUACAAGCUGGUCACCACCGCCGUCGGCGGCGAGAAGCGCUUCGCCGCCGCCGUGGCGCGCCGCCUGCAGUCGCUGGGCGCGCUCACGCGCGGCGACCGGCGCGCGGCCAGCGGGAUCGACCUGUCGGAGCAGAACUUUGACAGCCCCUGGGGGCGCAAGAGCCUGAGGCGUAUGUACGACCACAUAGUGCAGGAGUCGACCUCGCUGCCCAGCGGCGUAUCCCUGGCCGCCCUCCUCCGCGACUGCCCGGAGGAGCUGCGCGCCCGCUACGGCCCCCUGCUGCGCCGCGCGGCGCCGCCGGCCGUCUCGCAAGAUGCAGGCGUGGAGGCGGGCCCAGCGGCGCCGUCGGAGGCGGGCGAAGCAGCAGCAGCAGCAGCAGCAGCAGCAGCAGCAGCGGCAGGCGGGUCGCAGCCGGACCGUCUGCUGCAGCAGGCGCUGGGUGUGUCGCGGCUGCACGCGGACUUCAGGGACUGCUGCGACAUCAUGGGCAUCGGCCUGGGGGCGCCGCGCAGCGACACGGUUGCAGAGGAGCGGGUGGUCGGGGCAAGCAGCAGCAACAAGGACCUCGGGGACGUGCGGCGGUUCCUCAACCGGCUGCUCGGGCUGCCCCUGGCGAAGCAGAACCUCCUGUUCAGCUACUUUGCCGCCACGCUGGCUGCCGAGAUUGCGGCGGCCAAGGCGGAGGGACGGUUUUCUGAGGGCGUGUCGGACCUCAGCGGCAGCAGCAUCACGGUCAAGGGCCAGCCCAAGGUUCUCUGGUCCGAGCCCGGUGCCUCCACGUCGGCGCAGCGCACCCUGGUGCACACGCUGCUGGUGGACCGCGGCGUGCCCUUCCCGGAGGCCCUGCGGCGGCUGGAGCACGAAAAGGUGCCUGGCGACGACAGCGGCUUCAGGCGCAGCCGGCGUCCGAUGUUUGGGUCGCACAUGGUGCUGCUCGCCAUCCAGAAGCCGGGGCACAAGAACGUCUACAGCCUCGUGCGGCCAAACACAGGCGACUCAAUCUUUGACAUGGAGCGCUCUGAGCUGGACACCAAAUACACCCGCAUGUCGCCAGAGCAGGCGGCGGCAGAGUGGGAGGCCGCGUACGGCAGCAGCAUGUCGGCGUGCAUGCACGGCGCGAUGUGUGGGCAGGGGGCGGCCUGCCAGGUUGGCAGGCGGCAGAUCGAGGUCACCCUGCUGACGGGCUCUGUGGUGCGCGUGUGGGGUGUGCUGGAGGCGCUGCUGGAGAAGCGGGGGGCGGAGCUGCCAAAGGCGGACCGGGCCAUGAGGGUCGUGCGCGUGGCGCUCGGGCCGCGCGUCGCCAGCGGCACCGGCGGUGGCGGCAGUGGCGGGAGUGGCGGCAGUGGCGGCAGUGGCGAGGGACGGCAGCAGCAGGAGCAGGAGAAGGAGCAGCAGCAGGAGCAGAAACAGCAGCAGGGGGACCCACACGCCCAGGAGCAGCAGCGGGCAGCAGAGCUAGCGAACGGCGGUGGCGGCGGCGGCGAUGGGGAUACUGGUGGCGCUGGUGUGGCGUCGGCGGCGGCGGCAGCGGCAGCGGUGGCGGCUGUCCCUGCGGGCAGCUACCUUGUCGGGGUGCGCUACCCGGCCCAGCUGCUGCCAGAUGUGAAGGCCCUCCUCUCCUCCCUCCAGGCGGAAGCCGCGCAGCAGCUCGCGGCCCUCGCAGCCGGUGCGUUCGGCGGCGCCUUUGCGCUGGGCGGCAUGGGCGCGGGCGCGCUCGGCGGCGCCAAGCCGCACCUCCAGGCGCUGUCCAACGGCGCGGCGCAGCUGCAGGUCGCGCGGAUCGAGCCGCCGACCCCUGUGGACCCGAAAUCUGUCGCCAAGGCGCUGCGGGCGCCGAAGACGAUUCACGACUUCUUCCAGACGGUGGGCAAGACGGGGGCCUCCGCGACGCAGCAGCAGGACGCGGCGGCGGCGGCCGCGCUCGCGCCGAAGGCGGCACUCAGGGCGGCCCCAGCCGCUGUCGUCGGCGCCGCCAAGGUUGGCGCGGGCGCGGGCCGGAAGCGGGCGGCAGCGGUGGCGGCGGCAGGGCAGCAGCAGUUGAGUUUUGCGCCGCAGCAUAAGAAGGCGGCGCCCGCGGGCCCCCUGGCUGCGAAGCAGCAGCAGGCGCCCAAGCGGCAAGCGUUGCAGAAGCAGCAGCAGGGCCAGAAGCGGCCGGCGUCCGUCAUCGAGAUCGACGACUCGUCAGGGGUUGACUUGGGCAGCGGCGACGGCGGAGCAGGGCAGGGCGGCCGCGGCGGCGCGCAACGCAAGGGCGCUGCGGCGGCGGAUUCGGAGGUCACGUCGCACGCCCACGCCGCGCCUGCAGCGGCUAACUGCGUCAGCGGCGUGGUGCCUAAUAAGAAGCAGCGGGUGGCGGGCGCCCUGGGACACGGCAGCGGCGUCGCCCCUUUGAAAGCUGCCAACGGCGGCGGCGGCGGCGGACUCCUUGCAGGCGGCGGUGCGUUGUGUGGGAAAGGCGCCAGCGGCACGCCCAAAGCCAAUGGCCCAGGCGGCGGUGCUUGCUCAGCGGAGGGCGUCCGCGCGCUGCUUGGCAUGGGGUUUGCGGAGGCGGAGGCGCGGCGCGCGCUGUGGGCGACGAGCGGGAGCGUUGACCGGGCGGUGGAGUGGCUGGUCAACGGCAGUGGCUGA